AGCCUCUACACAGCUCCACCCCGUUCAGCUAGACACCAAGCUAGCUCGCAAAGACCCGUGUCCAAGCAGCUGGAAGCGCUUCCCAUCCGACUGUUUAGCUUGGAUCCAUGGCCGAGGAGAUCAAGAUGCACAAGCAGCUGGCAGCUCCUCUGCUGCCACCGCCCGUGGAGACGAAGAAGCAGCAGCACCAGGCGCACGCGUCUCCUCCGUUCCCCGCUGCACGACUGGUCAGCCUGUGGGGGCUCUACAACUCCGGCGUCGUCGCCCUCACCUUCGUCUUCAUCCACACGCUCAGCUUCAUCAAGUCAUGCGUCUGGGAUCUGCCACCGUGGGUGUACCGGCCACUCGAGAUGACGGACGCGGAGGACGCCAGGGCGAGCGCCCUCCUGCUCGCCUCCAUCUGGUGCACCGUGGCCCAGGCCGCCGCCGCGGCGCCGGCGCUGCUGCUCGCCGGCCACCGCUGCCGGCGGAUCCGCCGGGCCCUCGCCUACGUCGUGCUCGCGGCCGCCGUGGCCAGCCACUGCAUGCACGCCAGCGCCGUCCGCAUCAUCCUCGUCGCAGCCGACCCAGGGUACAACGUCGUCAACAGGAUCCUCGCCGUCGCGCCCAUCUUCGUCUUCGCGGUGGGCGACCUCGUCUGCUUCCUGGCCCUCCUCGUGGGAAGCGAAGAGUAGGGUAACUUAAGCUAGCUGCUCGUGCUCGGCCAGUGCCAGCUCAUGGGAGCUCCAUGGAUCAGCUCAUAAUUAAGGUACCGAAUCUAGCUAGUACUUGUGAGUAGCAUAUGGUACGGUGGCACACGGUGUGAUGUAUCGUGUGCAUCUAGUUACUGUGCGUAUUGUUAAUUCGGUCGUGGAUCACCUAGUGAUUGAUUUAUCAAGACCCUUGUAAUUAUUUGAGUAAUUAGCAUGUCUGGACCUGUGGACUGGACUGUGGUGAGAGAUAUUAAUAUAUCCAGCUAUAAAUUACUCUUCGGUGUA